AUGGCGGGCAACAAUACAUACGUACGCAUCACCGGCAACGUGGCCGAAAUCAACUUCGGCGAUGAAUGGGGCUCUCAGAAUCUCAAAGUCAAGGCGAAUUCCAGAUCCGUCCAGUAUGUGCGUAUAAAAGUCGACAAUGAAGAGUUUGAGGCUAGUGGCAGCGGAGAGGGCAACACCAUCAUUUUCGAUCGCAAGUUGGGCACGCCUUGCAAGAAAAUUUCGGCCACGUUUGAGUACCAGACUGAGAACGGGGGCAAACUCCAGUCUAAACUGAGGUCUGGAGGUCCUUACGACAUAGGCAGGUACAAAACCCUCAUUGUCGUUGCCGAGAACGGGGAUGACGCCGACUAUAACGACGUGAUUUUUGAAAUUUCAGGGUAUUCGAAGCAAUAA